CCCAUAGUCUCCCACUUGCACUUUCAGAAUCUGCUCCUCCUCCAGUCUUCACCAAACUCAAAACAAUGGAACUCUUCCAGCACCCCAAAACCCUUCAAAUUCGCCAAUUUCACCCCCCAAAAACCCAUCUUCUUUAACAAUUACUACAACUUUAUAAAAAUCUUUUCAUUUAAACCCCCGCCCUUCACUUAUCAUCCUCUAAUUUUACAUUCCAACUCCCUUUUCAUUUCUUCAACUCCUCCAAUUUUGACUCUUAACUUCUCUCAAAUUUCAAUUCUUUUCAAUUCAACCUCCCAACUUCUAAUUUGAGUCACAGUUUUGAAUUCGAGUCAGUGACUGAAAUUCAAUAAUGGAAAUUGCCUGCCAGUCUUCUUUUCUGGGCCGGCCAUUUAUGAUUUCUGGUACAAAACCAUCAUCUUUUUUGCAUUAUAAUAAAGUUUCUAAGCUGAAUGUGAAGCUUUUCCAGAAGAAUUAUCGAUACCCAUCUCGUAGUUUAUCUAAAGUUCUAAACUUUAAUGAUUUUAGACCACUGGGUAUUUCAAAUUCUAGUAAAUUAAGAGGCUUUGAUGUUAGAACUCAUUCAAAUUCGAUAAACAAAGUUGAGGGUAAUCUGGGUAUGAAUGAAAAUAUAGGUAUUGGUAAGAAUUUAGAGUUGGUUAGAUUGUUGAUCAAAGGUGGGGUGGUUUUGGGUGCAAUGGUUUGUGGGGUUUUGGUUUUGGGUUGUAAGAGAGUGUUUGCAGCUGAAGGUGUUGUGACUGCUGGCUAUGGUGUUAUUGAGCAGAGUGUAUUGGUGUUGAGGAAGGCGUGGCCGAAACUUUCUCAGGUUCUUUUGGUUUUUAAAGAGCAGGGUUUGAUAUUGGCUGCACUUUUGAGUUUGUCGGCGUUUUUUUCUAUGGCUGAGACUUCAAUCACCACACUUUGGCCUUGGAAGGUUCGAGAGCUGGCUGAAAAAGAGCCUGAUGAUGGUGUCUUCAAAAUGCUUCGUAGUGAUGUUACACGGUUCCUGACUACAAUUCUUAUUGGCACAACUGUGGUGAACAUUGGAGCAACAGCUUUAGUCACAGAGGCAGCCACUGCAAUAUUUGGCGAAGCUGGUAUUACUGCAGCCACUGGAGUAAUGACUGUUGCAAUAUUGUUGCUUACUGAGAUCACCCCCAAAAGCAUAGCUGUUCACAAUGCCACAGAGGUGGCUAGGUUUGUGGUCAAACCAGUUGCAUGGCUUUCAGUGGUGCUAUAUCCUGUGGGAAGAGUUGUCACAUAUUUGUCUAUGGGAAUGCUAAAGAUGCUUGGUCUGAAAGGGAGAAGCGAGCCUUACGUUACUGAGGAUGAGUUGAAGUUGAUGUUGCGAGGAGCAGAGUUAAGUGGAGCCAUAGAGGAGGAAGAACAGGAUAUGAUUGAGAAUGUGUUAGAGAUCAAGGAUACACAUGUUAGAGAGGUCAUGACACCUCUGGUUGAUGUAGUUGCAAUUGAUGCCAGUGCAACUCUUGUUGAUUUCCAUCAGCUGCGGGUGAUUCAUCAGUAUUCAAGGGUUCCUGUUUUCGAACAGCGUGUGGACAAUAUUAUGGGUAUUGCAUACGCAAUGGAUCUGCUAGAUUAUGCUCAGAAGGGCGAGCUGCUAGAAAGUACAACUGUGGGAGACAUGGCUCACAAACCUGCAUACUUUGUGCCCGAUUCAAUGUCAGUCUGGAAUCUUCUUAGAGAGUUCCGCAUCAGGAAGGUUCACAUGGCUGUUGUUCUUAAUGAAUACGGUGGAACCAUUGGAAUAGUUACCCUGGAAGAUGUUGUUGAGGAGAUUGUUGGAGAGAUCUUCGAUGAAAAUGAUUCAAAAGAGGAGAUACAGAAGAAAACUGGCUACAUUGUUAUGCGAGCAGAGGGAAUAUAUGAUGUUGAUGCAAACACUUCCAUUGAUCAACUCUCUGAAGAGCUAAAUAUCAAAAUGCCUGAGGGACAUCAAUAUGAGACAGUAUCAGGUUUUAUAUGUGAGGCAUUUGGAUACAUCCCAAGGACUGGGGAGAGUAUCAAAUUUAUCCUUGAAAAGGAAAAUCAAGAAGAGGAUGAUGAGCAAAAUGAAGGCAAAUCUGAUCGACAAGAUCAGAAUGAUAAGAAUCAGAUAUAUAAACUUGAGGUAUUAGCUGGAAAUGCUAGAAAAGUAAGCGCGGUUCGUUUUGAACGAAUAAGCAAUGGCGACCAAAUAAUGGAGGCCAAAGAGGUAACUCGUCUUGUUCCCAAAAUCAUAAAGAAGAAGUGGAGCAGUGAUGAUGAGUCGGACGAUACUGAAUUUGAUGAGGAUUCAUUCCAAAAGAGACCAGAACAUGCUCUUUCUGAUUCCAAUGUAAUAGCUGAACAUGAAGAUGACAAUGAGAGUUAUGGCGGACAGUAGUUGUUACUUUCUCUCUUUCUCUCUAACUCUCUCUCUCUUCGCUCUAUCUAUUUAUCUAUCUAUUUUUACA